AUUGCUGCCGUGUCCUCUGAGUUUGUUCGGAACAGGGAUCGCUCAUAAAAGUAUAAACUGUGUUUUAUUCAGAAUGUCGGUUCACGAAACUCUGUUGAUCCAUACCCAAGAUGAUAAGUUCUUCAUUGAAGCAAGAGAUCCUGGAACAAAGGAGGUUCUUGUCAUUGAUAGACUCAGCCAGGAGAUCAUUCUUGAAGAAAAUGGAAUCAAUAUCCCACCAGGUGCUAGUAGUAAGCCCAUAUGUGGUAUUAUGGGCAUUAUUAAACUCCUGAGAGGAUCAUAUCUGGUGAUAAUAACCAAAAAGGAGAAAGUUGGUGAGAUAAACGGUCAAGCUAUCUGGAAGAUAUCCGGGACUGAGAGUAUACCCUACAAGAAGACUGAUCUCCAUCUAACUGAAGAACAGAAACAGGACAACAAAGUAUAUGAAAGCAUGGUUCAGUAUGCUCUGGAGAACAACACGUACUAUUUCUCCACGACCUUUGACCUCACUCAUUCGCUACAGAGGUUAUAUAAUACUAGUCCAGAAUUCUUACAGAUGCCUCUUUUUGAGAGGGCUGAUCAGAGGUUUGUAUGGAAUGGUCAUAUGCUAAGGGAGUUCACAGCACAACCAGAGCUUGGCAAGUUCAUUCUUCCAGUCAUGGUAGGAUUCAUAUCAAUACGAAUAGGGAUCAUCAACACAAAGAGGUUUGAUUACAUCCUGAUCUCAAGAAGAAGCUGUCUAAGAGCGGGAACGAGGUUUUAUAUGAGAGGAUUAGAUGAACAGGGACAGGCAGCUAACUUUGUAGAGACGGAACAAAUUGUGCAAUUCAACGGUAGCAGAGCCUCCUUCGUCCAGACACGAGGCUCUAUUCCAUUAUUUUGGUCACAGAGACCCAACCUGAAAUACAAACCUACUCCACAGAUUAGCGAAUCACAGAGUCAUCUUGAUGCAUUUAAGAGGCAUUUUGAUGAUCAGGUGGUGAAUUAUGGCAAUCAGGUCCUCAUAAAUUUGAUUGAUCACAAAGGAGUAGAAGACAGAUUAGAGAAAAUGUUCGCCAAGACCGUCUAUGACUCAGGCAAUCAAAUGAUGAGGUAUGAGUCAUUUGAUUUCCACCACGAGUGUCGGAAGAUGAGAUGGGACAGACUAUCAAUUCUCAUGGAUAAAUUAGCAAAAGAUCAACAGCAAUUUGGGUAUUUCUGGAUGGAUGCAAACAAUGAGCUGCUGAAACACCAGGUUGGGGUAUUCAGAACAAACUGUAUGGAUUGUUUAGAUAGGACUAAUGUUGUACAAAGUAUGCUGGCUAGGAGAGCACUUCAAGAUCAAAUGCAGCAAAUGGGAAUCUUGAAACAGGGCGAAAGUUUGGAGAAUCACUAUAAUUCUGCAUUCGAGUCAACAUUUAAAAACACGUGGGCAGACAAUGCAGAUGCGUGUUCCAAACAGUAUGCCGGUACAGGAGCACUCAAAACAGACUUCACAAGAACUGGAAAGAGGACAAAACUAGGAUUGAUGAAAGAUGGUCUGAACUCAAUGAUUCGUUACUACAUGAACAACUUUGUAGAUGGUUUCAGACAGGAUUCCACAGACCUGUUGCUAGGCAACUACGUUGUGGAGGAGAAUGAGGGUGUGUCACGUCCAUCUCCAAUAAGAAAGAGCAAGGAUGCUAAGUUCAUGUUGUUACCUGCUAUCGCCAUGGUAGCAUUCUCCAUGCUGCUCAUAAGCAUGCUCAUUCCAGCUGCUGAACUUCAUUUACAGAUUGCCUACAUCCUUUUCUGGUUAGCUGCUACUAUCAUCUGCGUUGGUUUGAUGGGAGUAUUUGGUAUGGAGUUUGUAGAUCAACCUAAGUUAUCUCAAGCAAAAGUCAAGAGUGAUUAAACUCUCACUUCCCGUGUCUGCUCUCUCUGUUUCUCUCCACUCCCAAUAUCUCUCCAUACCCUUCUUUUUUACUCUCUUUCCUUUUUCUUUCUUUCGCCCUUUCUCUCUCUCACUAAUCUUCAUGUUUUUUAACCUUUUUUUUCUUGUCAACCUCUUGUUCCUAUUUCUUUGGCUCUUAACAUGCCACAGAAAACUAGAACAACUGGAAUUUGUUGUGUUGAAAAUAAUUGAUGCCCUUUUUAGGUUUGUUCAGAAGCAAAGAGGAGUUUUGCUAAUAUUUUCUCUCAUUCUCCAAUUCAUUUGUUUCUUUUUUUUUGUCCCUCUCUGUUUUCCUGUCUCUCAUUUCUCCCUUCUUGCCUUCUAUUCCUUGUCCUUCCAACAAUUUCAGGUUUAACAUUUAUGACCAAAUAGUUACUGCCUUUAAUUCAUCAAAAUCAUUCACUUUCAUGAAAAGUGAAAAAAAAGCUUUCUCAUUAGUCCAUUAUCUAUGAAAUAACCUUGGUUCAGUCAAGAUAGCAGAGUGUGCAAUGUUGACUUAAACUGUAAUUACUUGCAUUUCAUCCUGGAAGAUGUAUCGCACAAUGUUGAAAACAUGUUAUUCAAUCAUUAUUUCAGGCAAGGCAGCAUAAAAAAACUAUAAAAUUUAUCAUUGCAUUUCUAGGUGGAUGCUGUUUUGGCAAUUGAAUACUUUUAGAGGCUAAAUAGAGGUUGAAAAUUUGUCAUAACACAAAAGUUAUAACAUAAUUUGGAUAUAUAUUAGAUGUUUGGAUAGAAGAUUUAAAUUUUUUUUUAUCCCUGAAUCAUGAAACUUCAAAUGAGGAUCAUUUCUACAGUAAUUAGUACGCAUAGUAAGUCAUUUGUCUUUGAGCAGCAAUACCAGUGCUUACCAUUGCAUAAUGUAUGCAAAUGCAUUAGGAAAAUGCAUCGAUUUGAACUGCAGCAAGCAGAAAAUGAAUGGUUAAUGUUCUUCAGGGUCCUGUAACACAAAGGUUGAUCGUACGCUUGAUUUUUAUGAU